AUGAAUAUGAUUGACUUUGUUAAACGUCCUGGUCUAGGCAGAAAAGGUCGUGUUAUAAACGUUAGGGCAAAUUAUAUUGAAAUUUCUUAUCUGCCUUACACAAAUAUUUACCACUAUGACGUUAUAAUUACACCGGAAGUUCCUCCUUCUUUAAAUCGAAGAAUUUAUUGCGAGCUUGAAAGUUUACAAGCAGAUGUUUUUGAACGUUCGAAACCUGUAUUCGAUGGCCGUAGAAAUAUUUUUACUGCUAUCCCGUUACCUUUUGAAGCGGCUACUUUCGAUAUAACUCUUUCAAUAGAUAUCACACCACUUGGUGAAAGACCUCCGUGCUCUUUUAAUAUCAAAGUUAGGAAGGUGGCUGUAAUUAAUAUGGAAAUUCUUCAUAGAUUUCUUGAAGGAAAAUGCAGCAGUUCAUCGAUGAAUAUUUUGCCUGGAAUUAUGGCACUUAAUGUAUUAAUUCAUUAUAAACCGUCAAUAAUGCAUGUAACACAUAAUGAUGACGAAAUUAUUUAUGCAAAAUAUAAAAGAUCGUUUUACACAAAUCAAAUCUCACAACCUCUUUAUGGUGGUGCAGAAGUUUGGCAAAGAUAUUAUCAAUCUAUCAAGCCUACGUCCAAAAAAUUGAUGGUCAACAUUGAAGUAAGCGGUACUGCUUUUUAUGAAAAUUGUAGUUUAAUACAGAUGGUUGUAAAAUUACUCGUCAAACGACACCCUGAUGAUCUUAGAAGAGGAAUUCCAGAUAGAGAUCGUGUGAAACUUGAAAGGGCUUUAAAAAAUAUAAAAAUUCGAGUCACUCAUCUUGGAAGUGCUUCCAAGCGAUUGUUCAAGAUCGUUAAACUAACCAAUACUCCAGCUUCAGGUACUAAAUUAGAAAUUGAUGGUAAAUGUACCGACGUUGCUUCAUAUUUUCAAGUGACCUACAAAAAACCUUUACUCUACCCAUUCCUUCCUUGCGUUAUCGUCCGAAAAGACACAUCUAUACCAUUAGAAGGACAACGUCAUUUCCGUAAAUUGAAUGAAAGACAAACAGCGGAUAUGUUUAAAUUGAUUUGUCCACAACCUCAAGUCCGUGCAAAUAAAAUUUUGCAAGGAUCAGAAAUUCUCAAUCAUCAAGAUAACGAGCGUUUGCGCCGAUUUGGUAUGCAUAUUUCUGAUGAAAUGGCCGUGGUUGUAGCCAGAAUAUUGCCGGCACCAAGAUUACAAUAUCAUCCCUCUUCUCGUGAUGCUUCCUUCGUUCCAAAGGAUGGCUCAUGGAAUAUGCGCGAUAAAAAAGUCGCUACCGGUGCAACACUUGGUUCUUGGGCUGUUGUUUCUUUCGGAAGAUACGAAUUGGAAGCAGUACAAAAUUUCAUUAGAGAAUUAGUUAAUACGUGUUUUGAUAUUGGAAUGAAUAUUCCAAAUAAGUCUCCAACUAUCCAACAAGGUAAUCCAAUGGGAAAUAUUGAACAGAUUUUGAGGCAAGCUUGGGUUAAGGCUGGAAACAUGUCCAAAUCACCACCUCAGUUAAUUGUAUGCGUUCUUCCGAACACUGGCGUACCAUUGUAUGCUGAAAUUAAACGUGUAAGCGAUACAGUAAUUGGUGUUGCUACUCAAUGUGUUCAAUCCAAACAUGUAUAUCAAGCAAAGAAACAGUAUUGUGCUAAUGUUUGUUUAAAAAUGAAUGUUAAACUUGGUGGCAUGAAUUCGUUCAUCGAACCAAGCCUAGUACCAUUUAUUACAAAACGUCCAACUAUGAUAAUGGGUGCAGAUAUUACUCAUCCUGCUCCUGGCGGUGAUAGUUCUCGUCCAUCUAUUGCUGCUCUAUGCGCUUCAAUGGAUGCAAAAGCAUCUCGUUAUGCCACAUCUAUUCGCAUUCAGGGAGGAAUGGUUUUGAUCAUAGCAGACUUGAUAGGUAUGGUCAAGGAAUUAUUAAAAACCUUUUACCAGACCUGUGGAAGAAAACCAGAAUGUAUUUUGUUUUAUCGAGAUGGUAUCUCAGAUAGUCAAUUUGAACAAGUCAUAGAUUUCGAGGUAUCGGCAAUAAAAGCCGCAUGUUUAGCACUUGAAUCGAAUUAUAAACCAACUAUAACCUAUAUAGUUGUUCAAAAACGUCAUCACACUCGCUUUUUUCCAAUGAAUAAGGAAGAUUCAGAUAGGACAGGAAAUUGCCUUCCAGGCACAGUUGUUGAGUCAACAAUAACGCAUCCUUUCGAAUUUGACUUUUACCUUACGAGUCAUUCUAGCUCAGUAGGAACUUCACGCUCAACACAUUAUCAUGUAUUGUAUGAUGAAAACCAAUUCACAUCUGAUUCACUUCAAACCUUAUCAUACAACUUGUGUUACACAUUUGCGCGGUCUACACGUGCGGUUUCUAUUGUCACACCAGUAUACUAUGCUCAUUUAGCUUGCAAUAGGGCUAGAUUUCAUUUUCGAGGCGAAAAUUGGAGCGAUAUAGAUUCCGAAACUGGUGGAUCUGUAUCAACGUACGGUAUGGUAAAGCCUGAAUUACAAAGUGUUAUGUACUUUAUAUAA